AAGCUGGAGCUGUGGCGCAAGCUCGGCGGCGGCGACCUGGAGCGUGUCCUCGCGAGCGGCGCCGCCGCCCUCCUCGACGCGCAGUGGAUCAUCCGCCACGCCGAGGCGGGCGGCGUCCUCACCCACCGCCAGGCGCUUCCCAAAGAGGCCUUCCUCUCUUUCGCCGACCUCGUCGAGGCGACCGGCGAGUAUGACCUGGCCGUCGCCGCGCUCUCCUACCCGUGGCUGACCAAGGACCACCCCGACCCGCUCGGAGCCAACCUCGCCCGCGUCGCGAGGGCGCUCAAGGCCCUGCUCAGCAGCCAUCCCUACGGCAUCACGCGGCUCGGCGUCUUUUGGGACUUCGGCUCGCUGCACCAGCACCCCGACCCCGCCAACGGCGUCCUGCGCACCAAGAAGCAGAACGCGCUCUUCAAGCAGGGGCUGGGCUGCCUCGGCACGCUCUACUCCCACCCGCACACGAUCGUGCUGCGGCUGACCUCCUUCCCGGACGGCCACAAGGCGGAGGAGCAGGCCGAGGGCACCAACGUGGCAAAGUACUUUGACCGCGGCUGGUGCUUCACGGAGUGCAGCUGGGCGGGCCUGACAAAGGCUGGCGACCUCUCGCUCGACCUCGGCAAGAUGCGCGCAGGCGUGGAGUACGACUUCCGCAGCCUCACCGACGACUGCACCCAGGACGGCGGCCGGCGCCCUCCGCUGCUGCCGUCUGCCUUCGCGGCGGAGCUUGAGAAGAAGAGCUUCACCAACGGCAAGGACGACAAGCCGCUGGUGAAGCAGCUGUACGAGGCCGCCUUCGAGGAGCAGUUUGGCAAGGCGACCGAGCUGCACUACUACAACCUCGGCUGGGGCGACGCGGAGGCGGCGCAGCUGGCGGAGGUCCUCGCGAGCGGGGCAGCGCCGCGGCUCGAGAUCCUCUAUCUCAACGGCAACAAGAUUGGCGACGACGGCUGCAAGGCGCUGGCCGCCGCCCUCGGCAAGGAGGGGGCAGCGCCGCGGCUCGAGACGCUCUUUCUCUUCGACAACGAGAUUGGCGACGAGGGCUGCAAGGCGCUGGCCGCCGCCCUCAAGGAGGGGGCCGCCCCGAGCUUGAAGGCGCGAGACGCCCCUCCUCGCCACUCGCCCCUCCCCCGCCCAAUGCUCAUCGCACCUCCCCUCGCACGCUCGAGGUUGACUACCACCAGCCUGAGCUGAUGGCCGUGUGCGAGGAGCGCGGCAUCUACCUCAGCCGCUGAGCCUCUCCAGCCCCGGCCGGGCGGCAAGGGCGCGG